GAGUGGGGAACAACAUGCCUUACCUUCGAGAAGGACCCGGAGCCCUUUGGCAAGGCCCGCGAUGCCAAUAUUGUAGCCAUUGCACGGGAGAUGGGCGUCAACGUGGUCAUGAAAACUUCACACACACUCUACAAACCAGAGAAGAUCAUCGAAAAGAAUGGUGGGAAGCCGCCUCUAACGUACAAAUCCUUCCAAAACAUCCUUAUGAACAUGGACCUCCCGCCACUGCCACAAGGAACCAUUACAUCGGAGGAAGUGGAAGACAAGCAGACACCCAUUUCCGACGACCAUGACGAAAAAUAUGGUGUCCCUUCUUUGGAGGAGCUUGGGUUUGACAUAGAGCAGCUUCAGCAGACAGUAUGGAAGGGAGGAGAGAGUGAAGCUUUGACGAGACUCGAGCAUCACCUUGAGAGAAAGGCGUGGGUUGCCUCCUUUGGCAGACCCAAGAUGACCCCACAGUCCCUGUACCCAUCUCGGACAGGGCUAUCACCGUACCUGAGAUUUGGCUGUUUGUCAUGCCGUAGAUUCUUCAUGGAGUUGAACGAGCUCUAUCGAAAGAUAAAGAAAUCUCCCCCACCGCUAUCCUUACAUGGCCAGUUACUUUGGCGGGAAUUCUACUACACUGCCGCGACCAACAACCCUAAAUUUGACCACAUGGAAGGGAACCCAAUAUGUGUACAAAUACCUUGGGAUAAGAAUCCAGAAGCACUUGCCAAAUGGGCAAAUGGUCAGACUGGUUAUCCAUGGGUAGACGCCAUCAUGACGCAGCUGCGGACAGAGGGAUGGAUCCACAAUGUAGCCAGGCAUGCCGUCGCGUGUUUCCUGACACGGGGAGACUUGUGGGUGUCAUGGGAAGAGGGUAUGAAGGUGUUUGAUGAACUAUUGCUGGAUGCAGAUUGGUCAGUCAAUGCAGGUUCAUGGAUGUGGUUGUCCUGCUCAUCCUUCUUCCAGCAGUUCUUCCACUGUUAUUGCCCUGUUCGGUAUGGCAGGAAGGCAGAUCCCAAUGGUGACUUUAUUCGAACCUACCUGCCCGUGCUUAAGAACUUCCCCACCAAGUACAUCCAUGAACCCUGGACCGCGCCCGAGUCGGUUCAGAGAGCUGCGAAGUGCAUCAUUAGCCGAGAUUACCCCAUGCCAAUGGUGGAUCACAUCAAGCAGAGCCAAAAUAAUAUCGAGCGGAUGAAGCAGGUCUACCAACAGCUGGUUCACUACAGAGGAACAAUACACCCAGCCAUCAAGUCCCCGAAAGUGGACCACUAUCCACCACCACCCCCUGACUACGAGAAACCACGCAGCAACAAGAAUGGCAAGAAUGACAUUCAGCGCGACUCCAACUAUAGAGUUCAAGUGCAGGCCUGACUCACACCGGCCUCGGACGACCAUGAGAGUUGAGGAGGAUUUUUCCUCUCUCUCUCUCUCUCUUGGUCGGCUCGAGUGGCUAUUCAAAUGAAGGGAAUACUAAAUCCCUCCCCCCCUAUGCCGCCCUCCUUUUGGUAUCUGUAUGCGUGGCAGAAGUCAUUGUGGGAACUUUUUGAUGACUCGACACCUAGAGUUGUCCAUUGUGAGGGUAGUAUGUUGGGGUUUGAGGUGUUACUGAAUCCAUUAGUUGGUUAAAAAAAAAAGAUUAAAGGCGUCACAAAGUGGAUCUGGUUAGGAGUCAUUAUGAUAACGCAAAAUUGUACGGGAAAUUUUGAGCUUUUAUUAGUCAUGAAUAUUUUUAUCAUUGUUUUAAUUAUUAUUUAUUACAAAUAGUGUUGGUAUUGGUAUUUAUAUUAUUUGUUCAUGGUUAUUACCAUUAUUGUGGAUAUUACUACUAUCACUGCUCCCAUUAUGAAUAUUAUUACCAUAUUUUCUUUUUAUGAUAUCAUGCUCAUUAUUAUUAUUGUGGUUAUUGAUAGUAUAAUGUAGUAUCCUUUUAAUAUUGUAAAAGAACAUGUCAGCCUGCUAAUGUAAUUGCCUUUCUCUAAUACCUUAAUAUCUCUAGCAGUUUCAGAAAUAAACAUUUUUUAGUUCUAAUUAUAUGAAUAUGUAUGGAAUGAUUUAUGCUGUUAUAUCAGCAGGCUGAUGAUAUACUGAGCUGACAAAUGUCAAAUGUACAGUUAUUGAUAAUUUCAGAACACAGCGAUUGCUGAUGACGUAACAUUUAUGCAUUGGUCGACAAUUGUUAAAGCUGUGCGAGAGAUUACAUCUUGAUUUUAUAAUAAUGAAACGCUUAGACGAAAGAAAGAAUACAGAGUAUCUCUGUAUUACAUAAGUGUUGACAGUACUGAUAAUAGAUGUGGAAGCAUGUUUCUCAUUAUUUAAAUCCUAUAUUAAUAAUUAGAAAAAGUAAGUAAAGCUAAAUAUAUUUUAUAUGUGCAACUCUAGUUUUGGUUUUUAUUUAUUACAAUUAUCACAAUUAUUUUCUACUUCUUUCCCUCCUCUCCCCACCCAUCCCAUCCCCUGAAAAUUUUGUACAUAUCAGAAUCUUAUAAAUUUGCUUUUGUUACUCUGAAAUGAAAUAUGUACAAAGAUUGAUUACCAUGUUACUGUACUUGUAGAUAAGUUGACUAGGGAAACCAUUACCAAGUAUGUGUAUGGAAUACAGUAUAUAUACACAACUAUAUUGUAUGUCUUGUGCACUGGUGUGCAAGUGAGACUGUCUCUACCAAUGGACAGUGAGAGCUCGAUGACUGUCUGUAGCACAUGUAUUCAUAAAUCUACAAUUAUUAUUUUAGAAUAUGGAUCCUGGGAACAAAGAAAAAAUGAAAUAUUGUAGUUACAGAAGGAAAUUUUGAGACUGAAUAAAUUGCUGUUUUAUAAUCUGAAGCAA